ACACUAAUCCAAUAAACCCCUGGAUAAAAAUCAGCCCCAUCAUUUACGAGAUACUAUUGAACGAAUAUUGACAAUAUUUUUCACUACAACAACGUUGAACAAGUUCACACACACAUAAAUAAAGCUAAUAAUUUAAAAACCGAAUUAUAUUGGAAUUAUAAAUGUAAUUUUAUUUAUUGUUAUUCCUAUGUUCUAAAUAAAGUUAAAGCAAUACGUCUGGAAGUUUCUCCCAUAUACACUUCUGUUCACCAUAUAUAUUCAUAGAAUUCUGAAUGAUGUUUUAAUUUGUGAACUGCACGACCGAAUUCUGUUGAGUACGUUAAAAACAAUGUAACACAGUACGAGUAACACGUUAAUUUUUUAGUAGACCUUCUGAAUAAUUGUGUUACGCAAUAAUUGAAAGCCUUAGUAUAAUACUGUAUUUAAGCAACUUGCUUCAGAUUGACAUUCGGUAUCUUAGAAAAUAAGUGAUCGCUAUAAUUUAUCUGUAUAGAAGUUACUAUGUUUCCUAAAUUGUUGGUCCUGCUCAUUGCUCAAUUGUUGUUAUAUUUGAAGCAAACAAAUUGUGUACCAAUAUUUGCUGCUGAGCCAUUAGAUGAUAAAAUUAUGAAAGGAAAUUAUCAUUGGUUCCCCUGUAUUGUCAAUGGGCUUGAGGAAGGUCAGACGUUACAGUGGUAUAACAACGGACGAAUAGUACAAGAAGGAACUCGAAUAGUAAUCGAAAGAAAACAGAACGGGGCAAGAAGUAUACUUUUUAUAAACGGAGUUAUUCUGGCAGAUGCAGGCCAAUACCACUGCGCUGUUGUACAGGCUUCGAAUGGUGAAACUAUUAUUCGAUCGCGGACAGCAUCUCUCGCUGUUCAUUCGCUACCUUCACCUCUGUACCCUUAUUGCUCUUUACAAACCGCUACUGUUGUCGCUGGAUCUACUGUUACAUUUUCGUGUUUAUCUGAAAAAGUAGAGCCACCAGUAAUAUUAAGCUGGAUUCAUUCGAUAGAUAGCCAAGAUAUAGUUACUACACUUAAUGAAUACGGGAAAAAUAUAUCUUUGGAAUUUAGCAUGAAGGCUAGAAAACGUUAUAAUCGCGCUACUUUUAUCUGUAAGCAAGUAUCACCUUUGUUUACAGACAAUCAAACAUGUUCAAUAGGGCCUUUGGAUAUAUUACAUAAGCCAGAGGCUAUGGUUCAGCACGCAACCCCAACAUUGCCAGGCCGAGAGACGAUUGCUUUCUGCCAGACUUCAUCUAAUCCACCUGUCACAAAAUUCCAAUGGUUAUUUGACCCACAUAUUCCUGCAGAUAGAUAUAGCAUAGAUGAAACAGGACAAAUUUUGAAACUUCUUAAUCCUGAAGUCAAACAAACUGGAACUAAUAUAACAUGUGUUGCUACAAAUAUUGUAGGCCAUGCGUCAUCUUCAAUAAUUUUACAGGUGUCUCAAGUGAAUUUCGAAAAUGAACACACUACAAGUGAAUCGACCGGUAAUCAAAUAUUUAAAGCCAUCAAUAAAGAUAUACAUUUAUCUCUAGAUGUUGUAAUUAUCAUCGUUGCUGGCGUUAUUAUUAUUGUUGUACUUGUUGUUUUAGUUCCAGUCUACCAUUAUUGUUUGUGUCGUAAUCAAAACACAACUACAGUUGAUUCUUCAGGGAAAGAGGUAAUUCAACCCGAAGUGUAUUAUGAGGCUAGAGAAGGAGUUAUUUUAAGACAUACGAUUCAAGAUCGUUCAUUGCCUCGUGUACCUACUACAGAGGUAUAUGGUCAUUGGAGACAUUCAACAGCAUCACAAGUUCCCAAUGAUCUUGAGUCACAUAGUUAUACUUACAUUGAUACAGAAAAUACAUUUUUUCGUUAA